AUAUCAGAAUACAUUGGUGGGCGGUAGAAUAACAGUCUCCUCUUUCUUCUCUUCUUUCCUUUUUUUCUGAUUUCAUUCUUCCACCAUCUCCAUGGAAUAAUACACUUCCACGUCAGGGAAUAGCAACAUUUCUCCCCAACUUCUGAUUGAUUUUCAAUGAGCACUCUUCCCUCUCCUUCCAUCGUUUCCGCUCAAGAUUUUACAUGGUAUCAGAGCCAUCUUUGAUGGUCUCUGAUUAACCCAAACAAGAAACUCCAUAAAUCGAUUUAUUGAUUUCAAGAAUUGAAGGUGACAAUGGCAGAGGACCCUGAGGUUCUGAAAUUACAGCCAGGAGACAAUCCAAGAUUCACUCAAUUUCUUGUUUUUUCGAGUCCUCAAGUACGUGGGUGGGGUUGUCUGGAGUUUCUCAAAAAAUGACUCGUGAAUUCAUCAUCUUGUGUUCCUGGCUUCUUGGCAUUCAGAGAGGUGGCAUUCGGAGAGGUCACCCCGUUUUCUUAUUUUCAGAUUUUGAUUCUUGAUAUGGAAAAGGCGGAGACAGUGGAAGACGAAAAUGAGCAUGGAGAGGAAGAAAGAGAUGGAAAGAGGUUGCGUAUUGAAGAGGGUGAGUUAAGUGAAAAGGAGGAGAAGGAGCAACAAGAAGCAAAGAAAAUUAGAAUUGAGGAGGGUGAACUUAGCGAUGAAGGAUUAUUGAGGGCUGUAAGAUCACUAUCGCCGUCAUCUUUGUCAUCGGUUGAGCUGGAAAGUGAAAUUGAAGCUGCACCAUCACCUCCCAAAGAGAAUAAUAUAGUUGUAGGCAACAACAAAAAUGAUGGAAAACGUAGCACUAAGAAUAGACAGUUGCCUUGGAGGAUUGAGUCGGUGAUGUUCAGUCGGAUUCCUCCUGAGUUGUUGUUUCACAUCCUCAAAUUUCUCUCUUCUGAGUUAUCUGGAUUUGUCCAAUAUUUUGCACAAUGUGUGUGUGUGUGUGUUUCAACCUGGGGUUUGUUGUUUUUUGUUGAGUGGUUUUUUAUUGACAUAGUUUAUACUUUUCUUAUAAUGGAACUGCAGGACCUUGUUUCUUGCUCAAUGAUUUGUAGAUUCCUAAAUUUUGCCUCUGCGGACGAAUCCUUGUGGUGUCGCCUAUAUUGUAUGCGGUGGGGUCUAUUGCCACCUAAAAGGCCGCGUGAAUGUGCUUGGAAGAAGCUUUACAUCCAGGUUGACAUUAGAACAAAGGAAGCAUGGUUUAAGCUAAUAUCGGUCAUCGACUAAUGUAGUCGAAGUGGCGUAUCAUACGACACCAUUGAAGUUGAUAUCAACAAAAGAGUUCACCCGACGAACCUAUCUUGGACUUGUUUCAUAGCGACGGUCUCAGAUUGUCUUCCGAAUAUGUCUAAUGGGUUUUAGAAGAUUUUUUUUUAAAUGUAAAUUAGCACUCGUUGUUUAUAGAAUUUCAGCAUUCUUUGUAUGAUAUGAAAGAUUGUACUUGUAUUUUACCUAAAGCAAUAAAGACUGUUAUUCGUUUUAUG